AUGAUCGUCACCGACUUCUUCCACACCCAGAACUCUCAUCCGCUGCGCUGCUUCAGUGUGCUGGUCCCUCGCCUUCCGAAGAUUCCUUCGACGCAGAUAGAAUCGAAAGAGCAGAGUGGUGAUGAUUCCCAGUACCAUCGCGCCCAACGCAAAGCCGUUGCCUCGAUCUUGAUCAAUCCAGGCAGAACGACUGACUCACCUUCUCGUAUACCCGAUGAAAUUACUGUUCACCCACGCCAGGGUGAUAACGACACAGGGAUACGUCCCAAUGCCGACGAGGAAAGUGGCCGCGAAAGACAGCCAUCUCGAGCUGUUGCCCGCCAGGAGGAGAAGAUACCCCAGGGCAGCAAUCCCAAAGACCGUGAUGAGGAAGAUUCCCCGUUUCUUGAAGUGAUCGGAGAGAGACCCGAAGAGAAGGAGAGCCGCAGCGGCGCAGACAAAGACCGGAAUCGUCAGGAUUUGUCUGACGUUCAGGCAGCAGUAGAUGACAACUUGGAAUACCACGAGGUUAGCGGGGAUACUUCCUGA